UUGUACCAUCUUAAAUCCGGCGAAAAGAAAUAUGGCAGGCAAUUUUUGGCACAGUUCACAUUAUCAGCAAUGGAUGUUGGAUAAACAAGACUUGCUGAGAGUGCGAGAACAAGACCUGACAGUUAUUACAGAAGAAGAAUAUCAGAAAAUACUCAUUUUCUUUUCUAACUUUAUUCAGGCUCUUGGUGAACAGCUGAAGAUGAGACAACAAGUUAUAGCAACUGGAACUAUCUAUUUUAAAAGAUUUUACGCAAGGAAUUCACUCAAGUGUAUUGAUCCGUGGUUGAUGGCACCAACAUGUAUAUUUCUAGCAUCAAAAGUGGAGGAAUUUGGAGUUAUAUCUAAUUCCAGGUUAAUCACAACAUGUCAGAAUGUAGUGAAGAACAAGUUUGCUUAUGCAUUUCCACAGGAAUAUCCCUACAGAAUCCAGAAUGUCCUUGAGUGUGAAUUCUACUUACUGGAGAUGAUGGACUGUUGUCUGAUUCUAUACCAUGCUUACCGACCUCUGAUGCAAUACUGUGCCGACCUCAACGCUGAAACAGACUUACUCCCCUUUGCCUGGAGAAUUGUGAAUGACAGUCUUCGUACAGAUGUCCCCUUGAUGUAUCCACCAUUCCUCAUCGCUCUAGCGUGUUUGCACAUGGCCUGUGUUAUAAAGCAGAAAGACAUAAAACAGUGGUUUGCUGAGCUCUGUGUUGAUAUGGACAAGAUAUUGGAAAUCACCCGACAGAUUUUAGCUCUGUACGAGAUGUGGAAAUCAUACGAUGAGAAGAAAGAAAUCCAGCAAGUGCUAGCAAAGAUGCCAAAAGCGAAACUUAAUCCAUCAAGACCUCCUUCCGAGGGCCCCUCGGCUUCUGACUCAUCCAAUCAGCAGUCUUCCCAGAAUCAACAACAACAACAGCACCAUCAGUCUGGACAAUGACAGUAAACAACAACAACAAUGUCAUUAACAACAACAACUCAGCACCAUCAAUCUGGACAUGACAGUAAACUACAACAGCAACAACAACAUCAUUAACUUAGUUCAUAUGGGUCAUUGAAAUCCUGGAAAAUCCAGGAAUUUGCAGAUGUCAUAUUCCAGGCCUGGAAAGUCAUGACAUUUUGAGACGUGGAAAGUCGUGACAUUGUGCAUCAUGGAAAGUCGAGACAUUGUGCAUCAUGGAAAGUCGAGACAUUGUGCAUCAUGGAAAGUCGUGACAUUGUGUGUCCUGGAAAGUCAUGACAUUGUGUGUCCUGGAAAGUCGAGACAUUGUGCAUCAUGGAAAGUCGUGACAUUGUGUGUCCUGGAAAGUCGAGACAUUGUGCAUCAUGGAAAGUCGUGACAUUGUGCAUCAUGGAAAGUCGAGACAUUGUGCAUCAUGGAAAGUCGUGACAUUGUGUGUCCUGGAAAGUCGUGACAUUGUGUGUCCUGGAAAGUUGAGACAUUGUGCGUCGUGGAAAGUAAUGACAUUGUGUGUCAUGGAAAGUCGUGACAUUGUGUGUCGUGGAAAGUGACAAGUGUUGGAUGAUGUCUUCCUGUGUGAAAUGACAAGACGAGGUCAUCAGUUAUGUCGACCAUUGUAAAGAAGGUCAUGAAAAGUGUCUUUACAAAGUCCUGAGAAGUCCUGCUGUAUAACGAAGUGUAUACACGUUUCUGGGUAUAUGAAAUUUAGACAUUAAUUGGAUUGUGUUGACUGUUUCUAACAACAACAACAACAUUGUCAUUAAACAUUCAUUCAUUCAUCCAUUUUUAUCAUCAUAUAAAAUGGUAAUGAAAUGUGUGGAAUGUGGAUCAGUAUGUUUCUGACAUCAUCAUCAUCAUCAUCAUCAUCAUCACUCUUAUGAGUUUGUGAAAUUCAGACAUUGUGUUGAACAUUUCUGACACGUCCAGAUAAUAAUGUUUUCAGAACCUCGAAUGUUAGUCUAAUGGUAACACAACCAACAUCAUUUGGUUUUUAAUAUUAACUGUUUACAGGGAUGGAUCCAAAAAUUUGGAAAAGGUCUGUGUGCAAAAUAAAAGGAUAAAAUAUGGAAGCCCUUCCACA